CCUCCUCCCGUCCCUUGUCACGUGCCGGGGGCGCCCCGCCCCCCUCCGGCCCCGAUUGGGCCGCGGCGAGGCCGGGGGGCGGGGCAAGAGCAGCAAUGGCGCCGCUGCGGGUGCUGGUGGGGGUGAAGCGGGUCAUCGACUUUGCCGUCAAGGUGCGGGUGCUGCCGGGCGGGCAGGGGGUGCAGACGGAGGGGGUGAAGCACUCGCUCAACCCCUUCUGCGAGAUCGCGCUGGAGGAGGCCGUGCGGCUGAAGGAGCGCGGGGCGGCUGCCGAGGUCGUCGCUGUCAGCGUGGGGCCGCCCGCCAACCAGGAGACGCUGCGCACGGCGCUGGCCAUGGGCGCCGACCGGGCAGUGCUGGCCCAGGUGCCCGCGGGGGCGCAGGUGGGGCCGCGGGAGGUGGCCACCGUGCUGGCGGCGCUGGCCAAGAGCAACAACGCCGACCUGGUGCUGCUGGGCAAGCAGGUGGGGGCGCGGGGG